AUGAGCGACACGGCCGCACUCAAGCGACAGCUGCAGAUCAAGACGGGCGUGGUGAAGCGUCUGACGGCGGAAUCGGCAUCGUACGUCCAAGAGGCAGAGGAGCAGCAGAGGAGGGUGGACAAGUUCGUCGCCGAGGGUCGAGACGAGUGGGACGUCAAGAAGCAGAGAGAGGUACUCGAAGACUGCCGCAAGAUGAUCCCCGACUGCCGAAAGCGACUCGAAAAGGCUACAGAGGAUCUCGAGGUGUUGCUCGAGGGAAUCGGAAACGAAGACGCGGCGCUCGAGGAAGAGGUCAAGACUGCCCAGUCGUUCUGCGAUAAGGCUAGGCAGAGCCUCAAGGCUUGA